GGCGAGGACCUCAAGGGCUCGAGGAGUGCACGAGAGAGAGAGAGAGGGCUUGCGUGUUGUGAUCGUGGCGCACGCGCACACACGGCUGGGAGAGGCUGCCGCCGCCGCCGCGUGUGUGGAUGUUCUCCACCGCUCAUCCGGGCAUGAGCAGCAAGAAUGCCGCGUGGCCACCGCGCCCGUGCCUCCAUCCAACAGCAGCAGCAACAGCAGCAGCAGCAGCAUCAUGAAGAGACGCCACGAAACCGGGCAGUACGAGCUGCCCAACCGCGGGGUGCUCGGUGCAAAGAGGGCACGCUUAGAUCUCAACGGGCCACCCACGAUGCCCGGCCACGACCCACUCGGACAAGAGGAGGAGGAGAACGAGCAAGGGGAAGAUGUGGAAGAAAACGAGGGCGUUUACAAAAACUUUCCGGGUCUUGCAGACUGGGACUGGGUUCGGGAUGUGGGGCCGCACGGUGCUUCUGUGCCCGGGUGGCCGUCCCUAGGAUCACCCGUAGCCGAGCUCUUCAACGUGCCCGGGAGCGCUCUGCCGGGAUCUGAGCGCAAGUGCAAUGCGCCUUCGCUCGAGGAAGGACCUUCUGAUGAUGGCGGUGGCGGUGGUGCGAACCGGAGAGCGCCGACCUGCCGUAGGCUGAGCCGGAGAGGUCACGUCGCCGGGAAAGUUUGUGCUCGUUCGCAUCCGGAGAUGUUCGUGCCGAGCGGUGCAUCUUGUGGCAACGCGUUCCUCCGUGGAGGAUAUGGAGGGGACGAUGUGAUACUCGGAGAAAGCACGACGCUCGGAGGACACGGAGGAGAUGUUGCACAUGGAGAAGUGAGAGGAUGUGCAGGCCAUAGAGAAGACGUCAUAUAUGGAAGGGUUGGAAGAUAUGAAGGAGCCAUAACACAUGUGGAAGAUAGAAUUUACGGAAGAGAUGUACCACAUGGAGGAACUAAAGAGUGUGUUGGUGGAGAUUUACUCCAUGGGGGAGAGGAAAGACAUGGGGCACAUGGGCAAGGGGGAGGAUAUUAUGAAAAUAUGGCACAUGGUAGCAUCGGGGGACAGGGGGAGGAUAUAACGCAAGGAGGAGAGGGGGGUUAUGGGAGAAAUGUAACACGUGGAGAAGAAAGGAGAUACGGGCAGGAUGUAAUACAUGGAAGACAACGAGAAGUUGGAGAAUUAUCCCAUGCGGGAGAAGGACGUGAAAGAGACCCGCCACAUGGAGGAUUUCCAGGAACUGUAACACAUGGAGGUGGAACACGUGGAGAAGACGUAACGCACGAAGGCACUGGACAGCAAGGAAGACAUGGUGGAGACGGAGGACAUGGAGGUGUUGCAUAUGGGGGUGAAGACGUAAGUGAAGGACAUGGAGGAGCUGGAGAUGGACCCGAGGUGGAGUGGUGUAGACGAUGGUGGGAUGCCAACUCCAGCCACGGCACACAGUUCUCCAAACCUCCAUCCUAUCACCCAGACUCUGAGCGAGAUAUACAUUGCAAUCAUCAGCAGCAGUAUCAUCAGCACGGAGGACCUAUGGUGCCAAGUCAUGUUCCUCCCCUGCACCAUAACAGUCAUCACACGAAUAAUCAUGAUCCAGAUUAUUAUCAUGACAAUAGCUAUAAUGUACAUCCUCAUCAGCAGCAGCAGCAUCAAACUCCUGAGCGACUACAGGUGGAGUGUAACGGAGGCCCGGCAGCAGCAGCAGCAGGAGGAGGAGGAGGAAGCUCCUUGCGGGACAUGGCGCUGGGGCUGGUGGUGCCACACAUGGAGAGAUUUGGAUUCUGUAUUCUGGACAGAUUCCUGGGAGAGGAGAGCGGCAGUUACGUGUUGGCCGAGGUGCAGGGCCUGCGCACGGCCGGGCUGUUGCGCGCGGGCCAGCUCGUGAGUCCGCGCCACGACUCCGCCGUGGUGCGCGGGGACCGGACGGCCUGGGUGGACGGCCGAGAGGCCUCGUGCCCCGCCACUGGCCGCCUGCUCGCCGCCAUGGACGAGCUCGUGGCGGCCUGCGGACGUCGCCUCGGCGGCUACACCAUCACCUGCCGCACUCGGGGCAUGGUGGCGUGCUACCCGGGCCGUGGCACGGGCUACGUGCGCCACGUGGACAACCCCACGGGCGACGGGCGCUGCGUCACCUGCAUCUACUACCUGAACCAGCGCUGGGAGACCAAGCAGCUGGGGGGCGUUCUGCGGAUCUUCCCCGGGGGCGGCCUGGAGGGGCGGCCGGCCGACGUGGAGCCCAGGUUCGACCGACUUCUCCUCUUCUGGUCGGACCGGCGGACGCCCCACGAGGUGCUGCCCACGUUCGGCACGCGGUUCGCCAUCACCGUGUGGUACUUUGACGCGGAGGAGCGAGCCCGGGCAAAGCAGCGCUACCGGUCAACUGUCGGAGAGAAGGAGCCGUCGGUGCAGCUUACAGCCGCUCACAGCCAGCGAUGAUGGAUGGCGACAGAGCCUGCCAAACUGGAAGCCUCGGUCCAUUCGGAGGCACGAGGAGAGACACUCGCCCUCCCCGCUUCUGUGUAUAGUUCACAACCUCCGAUUUCCGCAGCCAAAUAUGUGCCACAGCCGUGCCAGCGUGAAGCUGGCCAGCCCCGUCUUUCCACGUAGCCGCUGUGACCACCAUAGUUUUCUUUCCAUCUUCCACGUCCAUCCGUCUGUCCCUGCUCUUCCGCCUCCUCCUCCCUAUACCCCCUGCACCCUAGCGGCCGGCCCAGGAAGGGCACACGGUCGCCGGACAGGAAACCAGGCAAGGUCAAAGGGUCGGGUGACGGUAUGGAAGCAGGACAACACAACUAUUGGUUUAAAAAUUUAAACAAUGUUGAAAUGUAAGGAUAGUUGUGUGCAUUGUGCAUUUAAAUGUUGUAGCUUUUUUAUUGCAUUGUUUUAUAAUUGGAUGACAAUUAUAGAAGCACAACUUUAACAAGCUGAAAAAACGAAAUGUGGCAGAGGAACUAAUGGCGAAGCUGCCUACACAUGCAUGGGCAUUUUUUUAAUAUAUAACUUUUCAAUUUUACUUUUGGAAUUUUUAUUGUGCAUUGAUGAUUAGUAAAACUGCAGUAUUGGGAAGGAGGCAUGCUAUGAAUGUUCGGGAAGUUUAAAGAGGACCCUGCAUUAAGAAUGUUGAAUAACUAUAUUUAGUAAGCCUAUAGUACUUGAUUUCUGCAAUUAAAAGGCGACAAUUUUACAGGAGAAAUGUUAUCUCCCAAACGUAGUAUUUUAAGAGGCAUCACUGGCUUUAAAUUGCGCAGAUAUUACUUGUGGAUAGUGUGAAAUGUACUUGAACAAAUGCCAUGUUCUGUUUUUCAAUUUUAGAAAGUGGUCGAUUUUAGCCCACACUUUAGAAGUUUGUGGUGAGAUGUGGAGGUCUUCGAGUUCAUAGGAAUGUGUAGGUAAUGUUCAGUGCACUACAGUAGUGGGUCAUUUAAUCAAAUCUAUAAAUGCCGAGAAAACCCAUCGUAACAGCCGAAUAGCGUGGGCUGGAAACCCCACAACACACGUAGAAGAGUGUACAAAAACCACUCGGUCUUUGUGCGAUAUGCUAAAUCCCACAGCAGCUCCUUAAGAACUGAAUUGUGAUCUUCUUGUCUUAGGUCACCAUCAAAAUAAAUGUUAGCCAAUGUGAACGACUAGCAGAACCAUCGGCCAUACCUGAUCUCCUGGGAGUACUGCACGGAUGCCAUGGUGGGAUAAAUAUCCCAAAGCUGAAGAUGACACUUCCCCCAACUGCAUCCACAAGUCGCUGCUCAGUCGAGCAAAUUUCAAUUUCAAUGACAUUUAUUAAAACCAAAGCGUCAUCCCA